AUGCGCCCAUCAUUGCAGUUCCUGGCGGCUGUUUCGCGCAGCCAGCCUUCGCGGCUGAAGAAGCCUGCUGUUGGUCUAGACCAUUAUGGUUCACUCUUUUGCUUUCUUUCUUUCUUUUUUGCAACUGUUCCUUCCUCGUUUGUUCUUGGAGUUUGUGGUGUUAAUCCGGAUACUGGAUAUAUAGGAAUUCCUCCUUCGUCGACGAGGAAUGAGUUGCACAACUAUGCUCGUGCUGAAUUUGAACGGCAUCGCGAGGUCACUGAUUUGGUACGUUUGGCGAUUGUUCAGUUCUCUGAGAUCUAUUCUCCACGAGCGGGAAUCAAGAGCUGA